UCCUGGUUCAGUAUAAGGAUUUAUAUUCUAUUUGAAUUUAGCGCUUCUAAAAAAUCGACCAUUCUAAAACAACGUAAUUGAUGUUUUCAUUGAUUUCAACCAUAUGACAGAGUUAAGUUCUGCAAUGAUACAAAUGAAUCGAAUAAAUCUUUUCGCAAAAUCGAUACAGCGAAUAAUCACGAAUCGUCAGCGAAUAAUUCGAGAAAAUUCAAUAUUAAAAUCUACACACAACUUCAAUGAUGAUCAACGUCUUGAGUUGACAUUGGCAAUCAUCAAACCACACAUCUGUAAAGAUCCAAGUUGUUUACAAGAAAUACGGUCAAUAAUUUUUGAAAAUGGAUUUUUAUUUCUAAAAUCUACUCAAAUACAUUUAACUAGAAUGCAAGCAGAAUCAUUCUACGAAGAACAUAAAGGAAAAUUUUUUUUUGAACGUCUUGUUUCCCUGAUGAAUAGUGGUGAAUUAGCUAUCCAUGUUUUAGCAAAAGUAAAUGCCAUACAAGAAUGGCGCCAACUUAUGGGUUCAACCAAAGUAUUCAAAACUCGUUUGGAACAACCCGGAACGAUUCGUGGUAUAUUCGGUAUAACUGAUACGCGAAACGCGACCCAUGGUUCGGAUUCACCUGAAACUGCACGUCGUGAGAUUGAAUUCUUUUUUCCUUCAUUUUCCGUACAAAAGUGGUUCGAAUAUGAAGAAUCAGAAUGGCGAACAAAAAAUUACUUUAUUUUAGAUACAAAACAAUGGAUACAUCGAAUUGUUCAAAAUAGCUGUGAUAUGAAUGAGAAAAUUUAAAAUAAAUUUAUUCUGUUUCGAA